AUGUAUCAUAUUUAUUUAAAUCGAAAUGGUCGUUGGACAUUAUCAAAAAAUAUUCUUGAAAAAUUAGUUCAUAUGCAUGAUUUUGAUUUAACAAAUAGGUUUCCUGAUAUAAGACGUUUUAUAUAUUUAUGUGUUAAUGAAAAAACAAUAAAUUUUCUUGUUCAAAUGGAUAAUUUAUCAUAUGGUGUUGUAUUUUGUUCAGUAACAAAUGAUUGUAUAACAAAUGAAAAAUUAAAAUUAAAAUUAAUUGAAUUACCACGUGCUCAACAACUAUUAACAAUUUAUUCAGCAUUUAUUAAAUCUUUAAAUCAAGAUUUUUUUUUAUUAAUGAUCUUUGAUUGUUAUGCUAUUUAUUAUGUAGCUGAUAACCAUGAAUUAAUAAUUGUAACAAAUAAUUCGAUAUCUUCAAUAAAUUUAAAUCAAUGA